ACCAAGCACAGACAGACAGACAGACAGAAGUAAAGUCCGCAUAUACAAGGAUCGUGUGUUGCGGUCAUGCACGUGUGGCUCGUCCUUUAUAAAUCGUCAUCACACACCAUCACACACACACACACACACACACACAGGGACACGCACGUGGACACACUUGAAAAGAAUGCAUGCACUUGAAAAAAAGUGGCGACUGCGUCGGCUAGCCCACAAACCUGCGAAACGACCACUGAUGGCUGCUGCUGCUGCUGGUGUACCCAUACAUAAGAUGAGACGUUGCACAAAACGCGUCAAACGUCGUGUACGUAGUACCAUACGAAAAACGCCUCAGUGCAUCCAUGGAUAACCGCUAACCAACCAACCAAUCAACCAAAACAAGCAACUGCAGUCCUACCUAUGACUUACACUCUAGAACUGGAGACAAUUUUAUCACUCCUCACCCAGAGAAAAGUCGUCGAGCUGAAAAUGGUCGACCGCGUCCUCAAGAUUCACAGCAAGUGCCCUCAUCCCCUCGCUGUCCCGUAUGUAAGGCGGCGUGGGGAUGCCCCCCCUGCCCACACUCCUUUCCUCAGCCGACCUGCUGUCGUCGCCUGUCGCAACGUUGUUGGCCUCAAUGGUCUCUGUGGCCAUCGACUCGAACCGCGAUGCCAGGUUGGUCCUCGUCUGCUCGAGUGCCAUCCUGGUGUCCUGUCUCUGCUGGUCCGCUCUCCCCCCGUCGCAUGACGAGCUGUCGGGCUCGUUCUCUCUUGUUGUGUGUAUGGUGUCCUCGGUCUUGAAGGUUAUCGACAUGCGCUUCUUGCUGGACUUUUUGCUGACGCCGUGUGUCAUCCUUGCAGCAUCACCACCAGCGGCGGCGCGGCUGGGUGUCUCGUCAGGUGGUGCCCGGUACUUGUGUGCGGCUGAUGGCUCCGAGACGGUAUCGGGAUUGGAGUCGUUGUCUGCUGCCGCGUGUGAGAGGCCUGAGGCCUGUUUAGUUGUGUCCGGCUUGGACGUGAGGCGGGACAUCUGCCCGGUCCCCUCGCGAGACAUGAAUGCCGACAUCGCCAUGCUCUCGUCGUCAGCCAGAUUCAAAAACAUCUGAAAACGAGAAGAGACGAGACAUUCUUUGGGUGCUUGGCGGUGGUCGACCGACGGCGUGCGUACCCUAUCGUCUCCUUCGCUGAAUCGUUUGGACGUGGCCUUCUUGCGCAGCUCGGGCGAUGUGGUCACCUCCUUUUUAUAGUGCCGGUAGGCGCCCAUGAUGCUGUCCUGCGCGUGAAGCUGCACUUUGGCUGACACGCAGACAGACGGACACACGCAUCCAGGAGUGCGCUCUAUGUGUGUGUGCUUACACAUUUGUGACGGUGCCCUGAUCCAGCCCAGUCUCUUGAGUGAUCCUGUGUUGAGCGCCUCGACAGAUAUCAGCCGCAGCGUGUCGAUCACCUGCACCACGCGGCGAGAGAGGCACGACAUCCAUACAGUGAAGCUUGCAACAAUUGUUGUGGUUGUCGGUCGAGCGAGUUGACUGGUUGCGUGACCUUUUCCCUGUCGAUUGGGUUGAGAUUAAAGAUGAAGCUCUCGACUUCGUCUUCGCUCAUCUUGGCGCACAUGGCAAUGUAGUCACGGAAUAUCCUGCUCACGGUCAUCACCUGCACACACACACACACACAGAGCCAGUCAACUACGUCCACAACAGUUCUCUCCGCCACUGUUGUGGACAGACCUUGUUGACAACAGGUGUGUGGUGUCUGACCUUCAGUUCAUCGUAUCCGGGUCGCUUCAUCUUGAGGAACCGCCGACACGCGUAGCAGAAGGCGAUGAAAAGCGCCAGGAAGGGGCCGUACGCGGUAAACAUCAUGAAGCCCUCAAACACCGUCUUGUGCGGGUUCUCCUGCGGUGUGAAAAUGGGCACGAAAUACGAGAGUGCGACGAGACAGCUCAGGAGAAACAUCUCCAACACGUUGUAGACCUUGUGCGGCCCUGCCAACACACACACACACACACACAGAGAGAGAGAGAGAGAGCAAUGGCCUCACGCACACAUAAUACACUCUCUUCGCCUCUUCAUUCGCUCACAUGGCCAGAACAUGACGAGGUACGCGAGCGCGACCAUGUUGACGAGCAUCAUGAAGAGCGACUGGAGGUGCGGCUGCUGCCCCGCAACGAGUGCCAGCACCAGGAAGAGCCCCCUCACCCUGAUCACAAACUGAUAGUACCACCUGUCGGCCCGGAACCGCGAGUAAGACACCAUGAAGUUGUAGCGGACCCGAAAACCCGCCACGGUAGGGAAUUUCCUGCAGCAAACAACGCAAGGGAGGGAGCGGCUGGCUGCAAAAGACAGGAAGGGAUGAGCUGCAUAUGAGUGAGUGGGGUCGUGCCUGGGUGCAUCUCUGACUAUCCAGAGGCAGAAGGAGAGGAAGCCCACGCAGUAGACCAGAAAGGCAAGUAUGGCCACGGGAAGCAGCUGAAACCUGCACACAUCGCACAACAUUCAUGAGACGACCGAGGAUGCCGUCGCAGCAACCGAUCCAUGAUUGCACCUCUGACUGACCAUUCGUGUUCGUAGCAGAAGAGCGAGGGGUCUGACACCAGGUAGUAUCGGCCGUUGGGGUGCUUGUUGCAAAUGAAGAGUUCUAGCGACGCACGAGUCACGGAUAUGAAGAAUGCAGAGAAGAAAUGGCCGUACGUGUUGAACAGCUGAUGGAUGAACCAGAGAGAGAUGCACAUGCAUGAGUUGUGUUUGGUUGCCUGAGUGCCUGCUGCUUGCCUGACCAGGUUUGCCUUGAGCGGGCUCACAGCGGGAAAUAUACGGUGGAUGGCGUGAGACACGAAGUAGGCUACCACGAGGAUGAAGCACAGCAUCGAGGGAAUGAGCACCCUGAUACAUACCAUACACACAGGGCACAACAACAUUAUCAUUCAUUCAAACCAAUGCGGCUGGCGAGCCUCGGCCACUCGCUGCCCUUGACCACCGACCUGAUGAGGUAUUUGGUCAUGAAGGCCUGUGACGAUAUCACACCCACCACACACUCGAAGCGCAUGAAGUCAAGAUCUGCACACAUACAUGCACGUGCGUCGAGAGACAUCCUUCAAGUGCACUGUCCUUCUGCUCACUGACUGAAGAGGACUAUGCUGAGCACUUCGGUCAUCCGUUUCCCCCCGCUGCUGCUCAUCUUGGCGUUGGCAUAAAGCGUCUCAUAUAGGGCGACGGCCUGCAUGAAGUUGAGAAGCUGGCCGCCGACGGAAAAAAAGCCCGAGAACGGAGCCGACUUGCGGCGGGCGGGGCUGUUGAGCACGCAGUAGGCCAUGCCGGGCGCCACCAGCAGCGCAACCAAAAACAAUACGAGCACGAGUGCGAAGGUGCCUCGGGAGUUGCCGCACUCCGUGCACCGGCCCUUGUAGAGGAAGUAACCCUCCUUACACACGUCACAGAACUUUCUGCGCGAAAGUUGAGAAGGGACUGGUUGGCUCACUUCAUAUGUGUCUCUCUGUACCCUUCAUAUGUGUCGCCGCACUCCCCCGGCUGUCUCGGCCGCUCUGUAGCGAAGGCAAAUGGGUCAUCCGAGUAGAGGGCGCACAGCUGCGUCACUUCGGGGGUGCCGGAGAGAUUGCCCGGGAUGCCGCCUCCGAGCAGACCGGUCCUCCCGUCACCAGCUGUGUCGACGUCCGAUUUCUUGCAGGGCACCGUGGCGGGGCAGGCGUUUUCGUUGCGGCAUCUGAAAAUGUCCAGCUUCCUGAAGGUCGAAGUGUUGUCGUACUGAGGAACCUCCUUGGCAAAGUACAUCAGCUGAAGCACAUGGCGGACAAAGACAACACAGGAGCAGAGAAUGCAUUCCAUUGGCUGUGUGUCUGUCUAUGCUGUCUGUUGGCUCUCGUACGCCGACUGGUGGAGGGAAGCUCUUUUGCCCUGUCGGGUUGAUGCAGCCCUCCUGAGGACAGUGAGGGCAGCAAUCAACACGCACAGUCUCUUUCAUAGUACACACGGACCUCGCAGCUGCGACAUUUGUGCUCGCUCGGCACAUAGUAGUCAUCCUCACUACCUGACACAUAUAUUGUGGGUAUAUACCCACUGGAUGGUCGCUGUGUGCAUGCGUAUUUGCAUACAGAUAUACAUACAUAUGCAGUCCUGCUCCGGAUUGUCGGCGCCCUCAACGGAAGUCGUGAAAGUCGUAGGACACCUCUGGCCGCACCGCACCCACACACAACGCAACAUCACACACAGAGCGUGGCCUCCGUGUCUCCUGCCCGCCUUGCUGCCUGCCCACCUUGCAGUCUCUCUGCCCGAGCUCGUCUUGGUACCAGCCCUUCUGACAUCUCAGGCACUCCGCCAUGCCAUAAGUCGGGGCAAAUGUACCUUUGCCCUACAUGCACCAAUCCAGAAACACACACGCACACGAGAGAUGUCCACACAGCGGCUGGGCUGGCGAGCGCGUGUGGGUAGGGAAGAGUGCUUACACAUGGGGUGCACGCGCUGCUUCUCAGGUCGUUGGAGUAGUUGCCUGCACAGUGCAAACGCAUGGUCCAUAUAUGUAUUUGUUCCUUCCUGCAUGUACAUGCACACCUGGUGAGCAUGGCAGGCAGUAGGUGGCCCCUUUCUGCCUUGAGUACGUGCCCCUGGCGCAAAGGCUGCACGUCACCUGCCCCGUGCGGUUGGCGAACUGGCCAGGGGAGCACUCAAUGCAUUCCUCGCGACCCUCCUGUGGCUGGAAGGACCCCACGGGGCAUUUUUCGCAUUCCCACUGGGUGUUCGCGAACUCGCCAGCAGGACACGUCGGAGGUUCCGACCUGACAUGAUGUGCACAUGCAUAAGACAUAAAUGCACCAAACCCUCUUAUGCUGCCCAGCAUCAUCCACACUUUGGCGGCUCGGUGGUGUUGCCGGCGAACGACCACGGCCCAACCCAGUUCAUCUCGCCGCCUCCAAGUGCGAAUGCACCGGGGGUAAGCCACGCCUGCGGCCCGGAGACGCCGGGAAUGCCCGUCUGUGGGGCCUCGUUGAUGCGGUAGAACUGAGUGAGGGGCAGGGCGUCCGCACGGUUGCCCGUCGCGUUGUCAAAGCUGAUGUUGCCACCGAUCCCUGAGUGGCCAUAAAAUUCAAUUGUCGUGCGGCUGCCUGCCUCUUGACGUGUGUCUCUAUGGUUUGUCUACUAACCGACGACCCCUGGCAUCGUUUCGAGCUCGUGCUUCAGCGCGUAUCCACGCACUUUCUGAGAGGAGUGAAGUGAAGCUGUCAGCGGCAAAGACCAAAAUGUGUCCGCAGGUGUGCCGCUUACUGAGAUGGGGGUGCCUCUGCUGAGCAGUCGGUUUGUAGCUGUGAUCAACGCCAUCAUCCCAUCAAACGCCCGAGUACCCUGCCACAAUAUAUCAUCAACACAAGUCCACCUCCUUAGUUGUGCUUACCCACCUCUCCCUGGGUCUCUGGGUCGGGUUCGGGUAUCUCUUUGAAUAUGUCCGCGUCAGAAUGAUUUGCAUGGAUAAAGCCAUACUUGACAUAACUCGCAGCCAGACCGCCCUCGUAGAAGAUGCCUACACACGUGCAUUUGAGGCACGCUUCGUCUCUGAUGCCUAGCUAGACGCACGUGUCUCACCAUUCUGGGCAGUGCAGUUGGACUCGCUCGUGACAUUCCGGUCGCAGAUGCCCUUCUUGUCACAACCACCUAGGGAGGCAGACAGGAGAAAAAGGGUGGUCUCCCUCCACAUGUCGAUAGACAGACAAACCGUAUAAGUAGCACGGCAUCGGCUCAGGGAAGUCCGACGGCUUCAGCGUGUUCCAGAAGUCCACAAAGCUGCACGCAAAUUCAUGAGCAUGGAGAAGAGACAUGCAUGUGCAGGUCUGCAUGUCAUUUGUCUUAGUCGACUCACUCACGCGCCAUAGUUCUGCCCUCGAACGUCGGUCCGCUCCACCAUCCCGCCAGCAAAUUUGCCAAUCACGUCCGGCGUCCAGUAUAAAGGACUGCACGCAUCCAUGAGGCACACACACAAGGAAAGUCGCACAUUUCCGGAAGGCGUGGCCUUUUGUGUCGUCGUCUCGACCCCUCUGGGCUGGUGACGAUCUCGGACGUGAUGAAUCGCCAGAAAUAUCCUUUGCCCACCAAGCCCUUCUCUACCACUAGUGGCAGGAAGACGGAGAAGCCGCGCUGCAUCCGUGAGACACAUGGGGAGUGACUAUUUGUGCAUUUGAGUCGAGUCCUUUCUCUAUGUACCGAUAAAAAGACCACGAAGAUUCGAUUGCUUGCCGCCUCGAUGCUCGCGUCUAUUCGGUUGCUCCUGUACACACAGCACCAUACAUGCCGUAUGUGCUUCGAUUUGUCCUUGUCCCAUCACUCACUUACGCACCACAGCUGUCUGGUGACUUCGACCACAUAGUCAUAGGCCUCCUUGGAGUCGAAUUCUCGCGGGUCGGGGAACUCUUGCAGCGACUCGCCACGCAGCUGCAAAGAAACAGAGAGAGAGAAGCUGACACAGUGGUCGUCUGCUCGCUCACUGUGAUGUUCUCAUCCUUGGUGCAGUAGUCGAAGCGAUUGAAUUGUUCCUGUCCUACGCACCCAUCCCAAGCAGGCAAGUCAUGUUCUAUUCGCUUGCCUCGGGGCAUACAUAAGUCGGUGCCUACCGAUGGUUGUGUCAGGGUAGAAGUAUGUGAUCCUCUUGAAGCUCCAUUUGGUAACGAUGCCUCGGUAGGGCUCGCACACCGAACCACCAUGCAGCGUCCUGCAUGCAUACAUACACGCACAAAUAGUCAACAAAUAGUCAACAAGAAGGAUGUCUUCGUUGACUGACCUGAAGAAAUAUGGGUAGAAAGACCUCAGCUGCAGAUCGGGGUCCGCGGACAGAUCAGACACCUGGACGGUGCCAAAUGCAGAACCUGCACGCAUCGACGCAAGACGCAAGGCCUUGGCGACUCUCAAUCGCACACGGCUGCCCGUGUGUCUUAGUACGUACCGAGUGAUGCUAUUGCCCUGCUGGCAGACGAUAUGUGACAGCACAUCAGAGCAUUCACUGAACGGCGGUAGAGCACAACGCAUACGACAGACAUACAUACAGAGACACGAAUACAAGCCAACAGAUAGUAUACCCGCAUUACCUCCUGUGCUGGUCCCUCCGCAUGGCCUCAUCAGCUGCGAAAGGAACAGAUGACGAACAAACCACCGAUGCCGUCAGACCAUACGCCAUUUCCUUCCCCCUUACCAUACCUUCUCUGCCCAUUCUAUCGUCCGUGUCUGAAAAAGAAGAGACACAGACACACACACACACACACAGAGAGAGAGAGAGAGAGACGUCUCGUGCCAUGAUGCGUGUAUGCGCGGCACAAAUACGUACGUACGCACACCUGGUUCCCCAGCGUAUCGAUGAUAUCCAGCUGGAUGUCAAAGUCCCUCUUCUCUGCCUUGGGCACCGGCAACAGCGGCCCGUAGCUUCGCUCCCAGACAAGCUUGGCAACCAGCGCUUGAAUCGGCCAGAUCCACGCGAAGCUCUGAUACCUGCGGACAGCAUCAUCUCUACCCGGUGUCGGGAUGAGUCUGUGUGCUCGCACCUGAAAUCACCUCCAUAGCCCAGGUGAAGGGUGCCAUCUGCCGGCGCAGCCGCCGCUGGCCACACGCGGAGAAACACGAGGGUCACUGACAGGUGGAAGACCACUCUUGUAGUCCGAGGACUCAUGAGGCACCAGCUGUUGAUGGAUGAAUGUGGAUGAAAUGAGGCAGAGGCUCAAAGAAGAAGCCCCUCACCCAUAACGCGCAUGUGCGAGCUUGACAUGGGGGAGGUGGGGGCCUCGAGAGAGACCGCCCCCUCCAAUACGCGUGUGCACCUGGUCUGCAGCAGCUCUCUGGGCUUCGCAAAGUCCGGUAAGUCCGGUAAGUGCGACCGUCGUGACGAUCCCAGUCGUUUGUCUGGGGGCCUCUGGGGUCAAACUUCAAAGGCAGCGUGGACUUUCGAAGUUCCCUGUCGCCGCUUGUCUGGUAUAGCUUCUCGAAUUCUUUCCAAGUAGCCGCUGGUACGGUUCUCAACUUUGUAAGCCAGUCAGUCAGGGAGAAAAUGGGUCUCG